UCCCUUUACAUGACAUUUCUGCCGAAGUCAAUAUUGACGAGAAUCCAAAAGUGGUAGAGAUUAUCUUGGAAAAAGAUGUUGCUUAUUUAGAAAAAGAUUUCAUAUUGAUUGUUAAAAGUCAAGAUCUUAAUUUGCCAAGGUAUUACUCGUGCAAGGAGUUACUUCUUUUAAGACACUAUGAAACUUAA